AUGUCUGACACCUACCCCAUCGGUACAGCGGCUGAAAGUGAGCGUCUCGUUCGCAGCUGGGGGUUCCGACAUGUCUUCACUUGGGAAGAUGGAAGGUAUUUCCCCCCUAUGGCACGAAGAUAUCCAAGCAACUCUCAUUACUCUCCACAUUCUCACGGUGGUCUGACGACGCAUCUUAUCCGUCGCGGCUCCCUCACAAUCACUUACCCUGAAGACAACGUCAACCUUCAUGGGGGCCAGGUCUUGAAAGAAACUUUCGGUGUGGGAGCUCGGAUUGACGUACCAGCAGGGAAACUUCAUGAGGUCUGGAUCGGAAAUGAAGGUUGUGAAUACGUCAUUGGGGAAUAA